AUGGAUGAUCUCUUGAGUCCCCAUUGCCGGAGCUUGGCCUCCCCUGACUAUAAAAACUUCAUAUUAUCAAUUCUUAUCCUUUUCGGAAUCCUCCUUUCCUAUCUCCCCCAACACUUCCGUAUCAUCUCCCUGCGAAGCUCCUUUGGGAUUUCUCCUUUCUUCAUCCUCCUCGGUACGACGUCCGGCACGUCGUCUUUCGCCAACAUUUUGGUGCUGCCCCGAAGUAUACAAGACGCGGCCUGCUGCAAGGAAAUCAGUGGAUUCAGUUGUUUUUCGGCAUUGUUGGGCAUUCUGCAGGUUGGAGUGCAAUGGCUCGGGUUCUUUAUAAUCCUCCUUCUCUUCGUCAUAUAUUUCCCACGAGCCACAUCCUCGACCUCGCCAGUUACCCCGGAAUCCGCCUCCGAUGAAGAUAAUGGCCCGACAUACCGAACCGCUCUAGCCGUGACAGGCCUAAGCAUCCUCCACGCUCUCAUCGUACUCAUCAUCUCCGUCACCUUUGCAAUCACACGACCAGAAUCGCUCAAAGCAUGGGCUGAAUUCCUCGGAGUUCUAGCUGCCGUUCUCUCCUCGAUCCAAUAUCUCCCGCAGAUCUACACCACCGUUCGGCUGCGCUGCGUAGGCAGUCUCAGUAUACCGAUGAUGUGCAUCCAGACACCAGGCAGUCUCGUGUGGGCGGCCAGUUUAGCCGCACGACUAGGGAAAGAAGGCUGGAGCACAUGGGGUGUAUAUGUCGUGACGGCUUGUCUGCAGGGAACCCUUCUUUUCCUCGCCACGUACUUUGAAUAUGUCAACCCCAAUCCCAGGAGGAAGGAGGUGCAUCACCACGGUGGUGAGGAAGCCUCUCCCACAGCCCCUGUGGAUAUACACAAUGAACAGCGACGUGAAUCCAACGGGCAGCCGUCCGAGGACACGCCGCUCCUCCAGAGCCAGUGA